AUGGCUUGUGAUAUCACUCGAGUCUUCACUAGUACUGUUCGUGCUUUGUCGACCUCCGUAUCUCGAAAAUCCUCUACCGUCUCCUCCGCUGCUACAGAGGGAAAGGCCUCGCCACCAGCCACCGAUUCCUUCUCGUCACGCGCUCGUCGCCUCCACGCUGAGUUGGUGACUGUACGGAAGCACCUUGUUCAUGCUGGUGAGUUGAGUCGUGCGCUAGCCACUAGUGACGCCUCUCUGCAGCGAACGUAUCACGAAGUUGUGAUGGUGAUAAACAACACCCUGGAGCAGUGUGGACAGUUGUUGCAGCAACUGCAACGAUUCCGCGGUGAGGGAGAGAGGGAUAAGGGGCAGGCGAGUGAACACCGCAAGGCGGUAUGUCGGUCAUUGGAGGCGUUUUCAAAGUCACUACAGAGAGCACGAGAUGAGCAGGUAUCUACCUACUGUCGCAGAGUGGAGCUGGCUUGUCGUCUUGGUGAAAUUUCGCCUCCUCCUCAUCAGAAAUCUAAAUUAGGUAAUGUCAUUCGUAAACGCAGCGGGGAUGGUGCUGGAAGAAGCGGUGGUGGUGACACUAGCUGGCUCUUUUCCGCAUCACAAAGUGCCGAAGCUCUGCCACCAGACUCUCUUUCAGAGGGAGAACUAAAUCAAUUGGAGAUGGAGAACGCAGAGGUUUACUUACACUUCCUCUCGGAACGCAAUGAGAUUCAACGUCUAGGCAGCCAGAUUUCGGAGAUUGGUCGCUUGCAAGCCGUGGUGACAGAGAGUUUGGUGGAGCAAGCGGAGAUGGCGCAACACAUCGGUGAACAGGUUGUGGGUUCCACGGAGUUGGUGAGGGAGGCGAAUGAGCAUCUAAGGCAAUCAAUGGAUAAGACGAGGAGUGUGCGAUUUUGGAUCAUCUUCAUCCUCCUCACACUCACUUUCUCGUUACACUUUCUUGAUUGGGUUUAUAUUUUAACUCUUAACAUUCUUUUGCAGCUAUCAUGUCGCUCUUUUCACCACAUAUCUUCACUUGCCUUCAACCAGAUAAGAGCGUUACAUGCUACAAAGCACCAUGAGCAAAUAUUCUUAACCGGAAUCCAACCCACUGGAUACCCUCACCUGGGUAACUACUUUGGAAUGAUAAAGCCCUGCGUAAAACUACAAGGAAGGAGGAAUGUGGAUCGGUUCUUUCUAUUGAUUGCUGACCUGCAUGCCUUAAGCAUAUAUGGUUCUGUCGUUGAUCGGAUCCAAGCUACUCUCCAAUUGACCUCCGCACUUUUGGCCUGUGGUAUCGACCCUGUGCUAAAUUCUGAAGACUCGACUUCUAAAGGAAAAACGAUUCUCUUUCCCCAGUCAAGCGUUACUGGUCACUGUGAAUUGGCUUGGAUUCUGGCCUCCCACUGUACUGUCAACCGCCUGGCGCACCUGCCUCAGUGGCGAGCGAAAUCAGAGGCAGCAGGAGAGGCCGGUGCCUCUGUUGCUCUCUUCACCUAUCCCCUCCUUAUGGCGGCUGAUGUGUUACUCUACGCCGCUGACUUUGUGCCUGUUGGCUCUGACCAGGUUACGCAUCUCGAACUCAUUCGUGACCUCGUUCGUGCUACAUUGACCUAUUGGCCAGCUCUCCAAGGUCUUAUCAAGUCUCCCCACAUGAAUUUGGCCGAAACGCCAAAGAUAUACAAUCUUCGGGAUCCAACGAAAAAAAUGAGCAAGUCACUGGGUCCUGAAUUUGGCACCAUUUGGUUAACCGACUCUCCUGACACAAUCCGAUCGAAGGUGACGCGUGCACAGACCGAUUCUAUCCGUCAUUUGGCCUACGAUCCCGUGGAUCGACCUGGCGUGGCCAACCUCAUGCAGAUAUUUGCAGCAGCGAAGGGCAUCCCGGUCCAGGAGGCGAUAGAACAGUUGGUAAAAUUGUCGAAGGUGGAGCUCAAAAACACUGUUAUCGAUGCCGUCAUAGAGGAACUAACGCCCAUUCAAGCAAAAUUAACGGAAUUGGAGCGCUCUGAACUGGCUCAGAAUGCUCUUUCGGCGGGAUCCCAAUUGGCAAAUAUUGUGGCUUUGCAAAAUUUGCGAAAAAUUAAAGAAGCGAUAGGUUUGCAUUGCUACUAG